AUGCGAAUCCUCUUCCUGGCCGUGCUGCGAGCGCACACCGGCAACGCCGUGACGGCCGCGCGGAUCCGGGAUCAUCUAGAAGCCGUAGGUCACACAUGUAUUCUGAAAGACGCCCUUGACUUUGAAAGCUCCUCGGCAGUAGCCAGCCUAAUUGGCAUUGAGAAGUUUGAGGCAGCUCUGGCCCUUCAUCUCUAUAGAGGAGGCAGACUUUUGCAAGGUCAAAGAAUACCUUUUGGAAUCAUCUUUGGAGGAACAGAUAUAAAUGAAGAUAUUAACCAUGAAGAAAAGAAGCAGAUAAUGGGGAUUAUUCUAGAAGAAGCCAGAUUUGCAGUGGCUUUUACAGAAUCAAUGAAGGAAAUGGCAGUAAAUAAAUGGCCACAUGCUAAGGGUAAAAUCCAUGUCCAAAGCCAAGGAAUUUUAACGAUGCCAAAUGUCACCUUUAACUGGAACACAUUUCUGCAAAGUACAGAGAUCAACCAAAGUGCAGAUAAUUUGCACAUCUUUAUUUUGAUAUGCGGGCUUAGACGAGUCAAAGAUCCUCUUUAUUUGGUGGACGCUUUCUCAGAAUGGCACCGAGAAGAGCCCAAUGUUUACAUGGUUAUUGUGGGACCUGAAGUUGAUCCAGUGUUUACAAGAGAAGUGAAAGCCAGAGUGGAAAGGGCAGCUGGGGUACAAUUGAUGGGGGAGAUGUCUCGAGAAGAUCUUCACGCCAUUGUGAAAAAUUGCUUCGCUGUCGUGAAUAGCUCCAUUUCAGAAGGAAUGUCAGCUGCAGUUCUGGAGGCAAUGGACCUGGAAGUUCCUGUGUUGGUAAGAAACAUUCCUGGCAACGCGGCCAUUGUUAAGCAUGAAGAGACAGGAUUAUUGUUCUCCCAUCCUCAGGAAUUUGUUCAGCUGGCCGCAAGACUGGUCAAUGAUCCUGUGUUAGAAAAGAAAAUUGUGACAAAAGGAAAAGAAUAUGUAAGAUUGUGUCAUUCGUGGAAAUCCGAAAGAGACACCUAUCAAAAUCUUACGCGGAAACUUCAAUGAAUCAUUAAGUGUUAGGAAAAUGUGCAUGGUAUUCAUCAUGUGUCACUUCAAAUCAAUUAUAAACCACAACCUGUGGGUGUUACAUCCAGACCUGAUUUUAAGUCAGUGGGGUCCAUUUCAGUAAAAUCAGCCAUGUUUCAUAGGAAACUUAGAGGGAGCCAGAUGUUCAGUCAUAGAAUGGACAUUCAAACUCUAACAUUAGAAAUCUAUCCAGUAUUUUACGAUUGUGCUGUCAAGAAACAUCCACAGUGAAUUGUAUCAGCUGAUUGUGAUGGUGAUUCAGAAGCUAAUUUCAGAGGAACUGGUUUUUAGGAGAACUGGGGUUGAAAGAAUCUGUCCCAGAGGAACGUAGCUACAGUUUUCAGGCAGACAGACCUUCAAUGCACAAUAUACUCAACACCACUCCCAUACCACCCCAUUCAUACAUCUUUUUUUUUAAUUUAUGGAAUAAA